AAAGCGCCAAAGUGCGCAUGACUGCUACUAGUAGUUAGUAGUAUUUCAAGUUGAUCCUGAGACAGACCAUACAGGAAGAUAGCCGUUCCUUCUUAUAGCGAUUCCCCACGAAGAUCUCUCCUGGAGUCCCAGACUCCCAGUACACCAUGUCCCAGCGGUCUUACGAGGUGGUCGAAGGAUUUUUCGUGCAAGAAGGUGGCGCUCGUUACGGCCUGGGCGAGGUACUCCCUCCUCGAUUCGGGCUAAUAGAUCGUUCCAAUAGUCGAUGGAAGACGUUCAGGCAAAAGAUCGAUCAACUUAAUACGUCUUCUUCCGCCGGUACGCAGUACAAGGUGUUUUUCGUGGGCAGACACGGUGAAGGCUUUCACAACGUAGCCGAGGCGAAGUACGGCACAGAGGAAUACGGUGACGGAGAAUUGAUCUGGGGACCGGAUCCUGAAUUAACGACGCUUGGCAAGGAUCAGGCGAAAGCGGCCCAUAACGCAUGGAAACAAGAACAUAAAUUUGACAUUCCCAUUCCAGGGAAGCUCUACUGCAGUCCUCUGACACGAGCUAUCCAUACAAACAAGAUAACAUUCGACUCCAUUAUACCUCAAUCACAGCGAACCAUGAUCAUCGAGAACCUCAGAGAAACAACUGGCGUCCAUACCUGUGAUAAGCGAAGAACACGCACCUAUAUCGAACAAACUUUCCCUGACUUCGACAUCGAAGAGGAGCUCAUAGAAGAAGACACACUCUGGGAUGCUGAAGUGAGGGAAACCCACGCAGAAAUUGAUGCCCGAAUGAGGGGCGUACUGGACAUGAUUUUUGACAAGGACCAGGAACAAUUCAUCUCGUUCACUGCCCAUGGGGGCAUCGUUAGCGCAGCGCUGCGGGUCAUGAACCACAGACAAUACAUUUUACCCACUGGAGGGGUUAUACCGAUCGUUGUUAAGUCGUCUAUCUCUUAGAAUUACUUACUAUCAUUCUGCAACUUUUCAGCAAAUUUUUGUAGCUCGUCAACCACUUCAUAUUAUCUUCCACGAAUUUAGAGUGUUGUAGAGUCGUACCGCCUCUAUAUAGAUUUGAUUUUUGCUCAUUU